UUAGUAGCGUAUUUUCGUUUGAUCGAAUGUGCAUUUUUCUAAAAAAAGUCAGUGCCUUCGUACCUGUGUAUGGUGCACGCACGAUUCCAUAACUAAUACAGAAGAGGUUUUCCCUUUUGUACCAUAUAGUUCUCUUAUCAUGUAUUAUCAGGAGAUACGAAAAUGUGCCGUGAAAGUGCUAGAGGCAGAAUAAUUACCCGUCACCAGCCAUGUUCAUAUGUGUUCUUUUGUUAUGACAAUUGUGAUAUAAUUCUCGUGGAAUAUAGUGCCAAGGUGAAGUGAUAUCUCGCUUUGUUGCGGUUCUGCUCUCCGUCGCUGGUGUUUCGCACGAGAUUCGUUUCGCUACGAAAUAGAUUAAAUGAAAGGUCAUACAGUUGUGCUGCAGCCAGCGCAGAGGUGAGGGGAGGCCACCAGGCGGAGAUCGAAGGAGGGAUGAAUGGAACGGCGGCGUUGCGACGCAGCGUCGGUGGCGGCGGCGGCGGUGGCGGUGGCGGCGGAGGGGGCGCCACCGGGGGUGGAACCGUCGAACCAGCACCCGUCGCCACCCUCGUCGUCUACAAGGACGAGGCCGGAUACGGGAUGAAAGUCUCCGGUGAUAACCCCGUCUAUGUUCAGUCUGUGAAGGAAGGCGGUGCAGCCGCGAGAGCUGGCCUUCACGCGGGCGACAAAAUAAUCAAGGUUAACGGCGUGAAUGUGAUGCAGUCCACGCACACGGACGUUGUACAGCUCAUAAAGUCUUCGACGCAGGUGGUACUGACGGUGCAGCAGAAGCCGGUCGCCGCGACGACGACGGGCACGGGGCUACAGGUUGGUCUGGCGGGCGGGCAGCAUCAACGGCCGGUCAGUCUGUCAGCCGGCACCACAAUGGUAUCACCCUCCCAGCCGGCGACUUCUCUGCACAGGGCGUCCACCGCUCCGGCCGGCUCGCAGUGUAACGCACGGAUCACGGGACCCCAACCGGUUGACCACGAGAAAAAACGGCAGCUGGAAACACAGCGCGUUCAUACAUUCCAGCUUAUGUUGGAGAAGGAGCAAAGUUACGUUGACAAGCUUCGUAGUGAACUGGCAAAAGCUGGUAGCGGUAGCGGUAAUGUCAACGCUAUAGGACUACAAGCGGAAUUGGCCGGUGCCGAAAGGAGAGUACGAACGUUGCAGGAGCAACUGACUGCCAUCACCACUCACGAACAGCUUUGCUCGUUGGUAACAAACACCUCGUGUUCCCCGGGAUAUUAUCCACCCUUGAGUAGUAGCGGUGGUGAUGUACCACCGCCUCUACCGUCUCGUAAAUCCUUGUCCAUGCAAAGCCUGUCUCCGCCACCGUUGCCUCCUAGACCUCCUCCUACUACAAAUACACACAACGUAGCCCAAUUGGAGCUGGAACGUCAUCUGUUGACUCAUUUAACGCCCUCAACCACCAGUCAUGGCAUACCUAACUCUCUUUCGCAGGGAGCAAAUCUGGGAUCCUCGAAUUCACUCAAUAAGCACCAACGAACAAAAUCCAGCCCAGAACAAUUAGGAACUACAACAAUUUCGCCGUCGGAAGCUAGUAGACGUUUAAUAGCGUCAGAGUCAAUGAACGAUCUUUCUCCUCCAAGGCAUGUGAGGCAUAGUGACAUUGAUGUAGACGAAGUACCUCAUAUCACUCCUCCAGGAACUCCACCUCCUCCAUAUCCCGUUAUUAGUCCAGGGAAUGAUACCUCCAGUUCUACUAUGAACGAUACAAUUUUAAAUGAAAGCAUUCCUGGGUUACCAACAUUACAACAGCCGAUCAUGUCAAUGGAAGACGAUGAUAUGAGUGACCAAGAAGUUGGGCAGCUGGAAGAUCACGGUCCAUUUAAGUCUUUAUCGAGAUUAUGGGGGCAUCACGCACACCUUGCUGUAUUUAUUAAUUAUGUUUUAUCGAAUAGUGAUCCCUCCAGUCUGUUGUUCUAUUUAGUAACGGAUCUGUACAAAGAAGGCAACGCGAAGGAGAUGAGGAAAUGGGCAUAUGAAAUUCAUUCUAGUUUUUUAGUACCUGGUGCACCUCUCCGUCUGCAUAAUGUAGACGAAAAUGUAGCACACGAAAUAGACGAUGUUCUUUUAAAAGAAUUUGAUAAAGAAGAGAUCCUACGAAAGAUCUUCUGGAAAGCACGGACACGCGCGAAAGAAGAACUAAACGAACAACUUGCAGAUUUUCAACAGAAAAGAACUGCAGGAUUGGGCACGUUGUUUGGUCCAAGUGAUGCUCAAUUGGAUGAAAGUGCAUCCGACAAGACACGGGAGACAAAAAUCAUAGAAACAUACCUAUUACCUAAGAUGGAGCCUUAUCUAGACGAUAUAGAGAAGGAGCAUGUAGAUUUACGACAGUUCACAACCGCAGCUGGUCUGGCAACAAUAUUGACAAAAAUUUUCCAAGUCCGAACAGUCGCUCUGGAUCGAGUGCCUACCUUCGUUGCAAAGGAUAAGUCGAAUAUCAAGGCGCGUUUGCUCACGGGAAAGACAAGAAAAAUGACAAUCAGGGGGCAUCAUUUUAUAGCUCAUCAGUACUUUACCAUUACCUAUUGUAAUCAUUGUCAACUUAUCAUUGGCGGAAUUGGGCCUCAAGGAUAUUUAUGUAGCGAUUGUUCUUUGAGCGUGCAUCGCCAGUGUGUUCGUGUAGUAGAAGAAAAUUGUCCAGGGCCACUAGUUAGGAAGGAAAGAGCCAACGAUCGUAUAAGCAAAUUGAUGGAACGUAUUAGGCCAGAGAGGAAACCGCCAUCAUCGCAUCAUCACCAUCAUUCUCAAAAUCAUAUGCUGCAUGUCGACAAGAUCAAAAAGAGUGAAGAGGAUACUGGUGCACUGACAGAUGGAGAAAAUGGAGAACUUCGCGGGGGCGGCGUAGCCGGAAACGCGCGUAGUAGCAGCGAAAGAGGACGCAUUUCCGCUUAUAGCGGUGCCACCGAUCACGCCGAUAGCAUGGAGAAUCCUUCCUCCAGGGAAGAUAUCUCGGAAAUGGUGCAGCAAAAUAUUUCCAGUAAGCCAAAGACGUCGAACAUAAACAGGUCUGAAAGUUACAAAGAGCGGAUACAUCACAAGCGACAGUUGCGGGAAAAGAGGAAGACCAGCGACCCGAAUCUCUCCAAAACAAAGGCUGGUUUCAGUGACUGCGACCAUUCCGGGUCGUUUCCCGGCAACUCGGCGGGCAGUUCGUCGAACAGCAGCCUGUCGACGAGAAGCCUGGACAGCCCGAGCACCAGCCUGGAGCAGGUACACCCGGCCACGUCCGCGACGAACACAUCGACCUCGUGGGACAGCGAUGUCGACGUCGAGCCGGAUCCGCCGGACUGGAGCCAGGGUGUCACCGAGGAUGUACUCGCCAGACUCAGCAACGCCGAGAAAAAGCGACAGGAGGUCAUCAACGAACUGUUCCACACCGAGCGAUCUCACGUGCGCGCGUUGAGAGUCCUGUCGCACGUCUUCCAUAAGCCGCUCCUGGAAUCCCAAGUGCUCCCGUUAGACCAAAUACAAUUGUUGUUCUCGAAUCUGGACGAGAUGGUGACGAUUCACUCGCGUUUCAAUCAGUCGAUGAAACGAAAGAAAAAGGAGAACCCGUGCGUGGGCGACGUGGGCGAGUUGCUGUUGGACAUGUUCGACGGCGAGAACGGCGAGGGGUUCGAGAGGGCGGCAUCGAUAUACUGCGCGAGGCAGCAGGUCGCUUUGGACGCGUUGCGGGAUCGUCGUCGUAAGGAUCCGAAAUUGAACUCGUUCCUGAACGAGAUCGAGGCGAACCCGUUGUGCCGCAGGUUACAGCUGAAGGAUCACAUUUUGACCGGUAUGCUACGUCUAACGAAAUACCCGUUGCUCUUCGAGAAUCUGGCCAAGUACACGCCCGACAGCAGCGAUAAGGAGAGGGCCGGUGUCCUGCGAAGUCUCGAUCGCAGCAAAGAGAUUCUCAGCCGUGUGAACCAAGCGGUCCGCGAGGCGGAGGAUUACCAGAGGCUUGCCGAGAUUCAACGUACCAUCGAUCGUUCCGCGUUCGACAAGUUCGACCAUCCGACCGUGCAGGAGUUCAAGAAUCUAGACAUCACGAAACGGAAGCUGAUCUACGAGGGCCCAUUGCAAUGGCGCAGAACCGAACAGAACCGCGCGAAACCGGUCGAUCUGCACGUGGUGUUGCUAGACGACACGAUAUUCCUGUUGCAUCGGCAGGACGAGAAGUAUCUGUUGAAGUUCAUCAACACCAAUCAAGCGAACUCGGUGCUCAGCCCAAUCGUGAAAGUCUCCACGGUUCUUGUCAGGCACAAUGCCGUCGACAAGAACUCCCUCUAUCUGGUCGAACGGAAACUCUGGUGUAAGCAUAUAUCGGAGGCGGCCGAAGCGUACAAGGCUCGUGACAAACAAGGCAGAAGACCCACGCCGCCCACCACACUGCCAGAAGAACCUGGACCGGCGAUAGAUGAUCAUCCGUCCACGACGGAACAGGACAAUAUCAUACCAGAGAAAACUGAUCAGGAGCGAGAGCAGCAGGAAGCAGAACCGAAAGAUUCCACGCAGGACACUAGCAAUAUCGAACAGGAAGCGGAGACACAGCCUAACGCCCCUGUACCAGCUGCUACGGCUGUACCUGUUGAUCCUUCAACGCCUGAGCAACCGAAACAACAACAGCAACCGCCGCCGCCGCCGCAGCAGCAGCAACAACAACAACAACAACAACAAAAACAACAACAUUCAUCUGAAUCUUCUGGCACAGGUAUGGGAGAACCGCUACGAAUGGUGACCUGUACACAAGUAUCGCUAAUCGAUCCACUAGAGGUUCAUGUGGAAGUACCACCGGUACAUGUCGCAGAACCGGUACUUACACCCAUAGAGUGUCUAAGGAGGAAGGACGAGAUAAUUAAGCAAGCUUUGGCAGAGAAACAAUUGUUGGUAGCUGAUAUCUUGAAUAUUCCAAAAGAGGAUUUCGAACACGUGGCAGACAUGGCGUCUGAACCAUCGAGCAUAGAAAAAGAACCCGCUGAACUCAUACUCGCUGCCAUUAGUCAAGCGAAUCAAUUAGUGGGAAUGCUAAAUUCGGCGUUAAACGUAAGCGAAACGGAAACGGUUCUUGCCUCGCGCGGAGCGUCAGUGUUAACAACGCCACCAAGUUGCGAAGCAACCGGAUGUCCAUCUCCGAGAAUGCAUCUUCAUCCGCAACAACCGACUAUAUCAGUCGCGAGUUUACAGCCAGUGUGUCACUCUCUGACAUCUCAAUUGUCACAAUUACUGGAAAUUAUAAAAGAGAGAGAAGAGGAACGGGAAAGGCUGAGAAAGGAGUUACGUAGAAGCAGAGAACGUCUUCAUGCUUUUGAUGCGGAUAUACAACGUCGUGAAUUCUCCGAAACCUGCACUGCAUCGAGCCAAACGCAAACGGAACACGAUGACAUUUUAAACAAAGAGAGCAGUAUUGACGAUCCCACUCGAGAUGAAUUUGUAGAUGCACACGGUGAAUCGGAAACGAACGAAGAAUUGGAACCCACGGAACACUACACCGAAACUGUAGUAAUGGGAGAUAGUGUCGGUUGAUAGGACGUCUACGUAUAUUGAAUAAUGUCGACCUGGUGCAUUUCACGAGCAGGAUCGUAUCCAAACGCUCAUACU